AUGGAGACCAAGUUCACAUGCCCUCCCAUUAAAACAAAACAAAAGAGGGAAGGCAGCCUCCCCUCAUCAUCGGCAACCUACCACGCCCACACCAGCCGGAGAAGAUGGUGGAACCAGGAGCCUACCAACCAGGAAUUGGAGCUCGAUGCGUUUCAGAAACAGGUCGUUGAUCGGUUCAAUGAUCUCCAUACCAUUACCGGCAAAGAUCUGCUCUCACUCUCAUGGAUCCGUCACCUUCUUGAUGCGUUCCUUUGUUGUCAGGAGGAUUUGAGGGCUAUUUUAUUCAACGGGAAGGCUCUCAUCUCAAGACGUCCCUUAGAUCGCAUGAUCAAUGAAUCCUUUGAGAGGAGUUUGAAGGCACUUGAUGUUUGCAACGCUAUCCGCGAUGGAGUUGAGCAAGUUCGAAAAUGGCAGAAACACUUGGAGAUCGUCUUUUGCGCCUUGGACUCCUGCCAGAGGACCCUUGGGGAGGGCCAGUUCAGAUGGGCAAAGAAGACGUUGACGGAUUUGACAAUCGCGAUGCUUGAUGAGAAGGAUUCUGGCUCCAUUUUCGCCCACAGGAACCGUUCAUUCGAGAGGAACAACAACAGCGGUGGGAAGGACCACCAUGCAGCAGGGCAUUUCCGCUCGCUCUCCUGCAGUGUCUCGCGCUCUUGGUCAUCCACCGGGCAGCUUCAGGUGAUCGGGAACAACUUGACCCCUCCCCGUGGCAAUGGAAUUGUCGCCACCUGUGGGCUAGCAGUCCCCGUCAAUUCAGUCCAGUUCCCCUUGAUGGAGGAGCGGGAGAAGGAUCUUCCAUUAUCAUCUUUUAGUUAA